AUGGCGGCUCGAUUCUUUUGCAGUGACCUGGCGAAAUUGCGUCUCUGCAGCUCCAUUUGGAUCAGCCCACAUGGAACCUUGACCCAGCAGGUCUGCAACGAUUUACAGGCUUUUCUGAGCCUCAGGCGGAAGCUAGGGUGGAGUACCAACCUGCUGGAUGCCACACUCAGUUCUCUUGUACGAUGUACUGAAAGCUCUAGCGAAGGUGUCUCAGCGGCCUGGGUCGAAGAAAUUGCAAGCAUCAAGCGACUCAGUGAGCUUUGCCAACAAGAAAUUGCUUGA